AAUAGAAGAAAGCUUAUUUAGGAAAUCGGCUUUGUGGCUGUCCAGAACCUUAUACACCCAGGUUAUCGAAACAAUUAUCUUUUUAGGAAAAUGCAAAACAUGGAUCAUGAUCACGGAUAUGCAUCAUUUGCAUUGGAACCGAGUACCGAAAUGAUGGAACUACGUCCUAUCUAAUGGUUUUUUUCUGCUCUGACGUCAGUUUCAUCGGUCGUGCCCGCUACUCCUAUUAUUCUUGCUUCGACAUUGUUGGCUGUCUCAUCGUCACCACCACCUAUAUUUGUUUCGUCAGAUAUGUUGACCGUUCCAUCGUCACCGCCACCCAUCCGUGAUGUUUGCGGUACAUUUCUUUUGGGUGGAUCUAUGUCCGGUUCGUCAGCCAAGCCGGGACAGCGAUCCUCUUCCGGACCGUCAUUGUUGACCGUCCCAUCGUCACCACCACCCAUCACUAAUGUUUCCGGUUCGUUUCUGUUCAAAGGAUCAAUGCCCAGUUCGUCUGCCAAGCCGGGACAGCGAUCCUCUUCCGGAAUGUCAUUGUUGACCGCUUUAUCGCCACCACCACCCAUCUGUGAUGUUUCCGGAUCAAUGCCCAGUUCGUCUGCCAAGCCGGGAUCAGCGAUCCUCUUCCGGAACGUCAUUGUUGACCGCUUUAUCGCCAUCACCGCCGAUCUGUGAUGUUUCCGGAUCAAUGCCCAGUUCGUCUGCCAAGCCGGGACAGCGAUCCUCUUCCGGAACGUCAUUGUUGACCGCUUCAUCGCCACCAUCAACCAUCCCUGAUGUUUCCGGUACGUUCCUUUUCGAUGGAUCUUUGUCCGAUUCGUCAGCUAUGCCGGGACAGCGAUUCUCUUCCGGAUCGUCAUCCUCAACCAGUCUGCCGUCUUUACCUGAUACUUUUUCAUCAUCCGGUGUACAUGAGUGUGUUAUAACUCGAAAACAAGUGGACAAUCUUAUUAAGCUAUCGAAGCAGACUACGGCUCGAAAUUAUGUUUUACGCAAUGGAUACUAUAGCAGGGACAACAUCACACAAUGCAGCCAUUACUGCCAUUGAUACAGAAAAGGCAUUAGAAGCAUUUAAUGCUAACUUAGAAGCUAACACGUAUGUGACUGAGAUGUUCAGCUCACUUUUGAAUACAAUAGGUUAUAUAAAAUAUGUUAAAAGAAGACCAAAUAAUAGAUCUAUUGUUUACUAAAGAUGUUUUUCUAAAUGUUGGUCAGGGAUUAGUAAUAAAAAUCCAAAAAUCGCUUUUUUUAUCUUGAAAACUUUACGUAAAGUUGCAUAAUUUAAGAAGCUAAGAUAAUUAUUAGUCCAACGUAAGUUUGAAAUCAAAAAGCUAUAAAGUUCCACCAAGUUCGGUACCCUUUUUUAACAAACCUUCAAGUUCCACCAUGAA